AUGAAGAGACAACGGGAGCCUUCUAGCAAGUCCAAGAAGGCGAAGAAGGCAAAGUUGGGAGAAACUUCUGGGUCAAGACCUCCAGUCCCUCUGGCUGAUUCUCCAAGUAAGUUUAUACCUCUUUCCCGCUCUGUAAAACAUAAGUCUAUAGCUUCUUCUCUUCCCCAAACCACUUCCGUCUACACCUCAUCUGAAACACCCCCCUCAACCACCAGAACCUCAAACACACCAUCUCUCAAAUUCAACCUUGCAACCACUACACUACCCGUUUCUGAAGCAGAAAUGUUGAACGAAACUACCUUACCAUCAUCAUCCUCACCUUCAUCCCCACCAUACUAUAUUCUUUCAUCUGACAACGAACCAUCUGACCCCCAAUCCCCCACUCUAGCUCAGCUUCAAGCUCGUGCUCUGGCCUCUCAACAGCCAUCACAAACUGAACAUGAACCUGAAGUCACUUCCCCACCCCAUGAACAACAAAAUCCACCUCCAUCUGAUCAACCUCAAACACCACCAUUUGCACAACAACCUAAUCCACAUCCUGAACAACCAAUACCCUCACCAUCUGAACUUCAACCAAAUCCUCAACCCGAACAAACAACACCAUCUCCCUCUGAUAUUCCCCCGCCACAAAGCUCUGCUACCGUCAUCACUCCUAUUCAAAAUCCAGAUGACACCAACCAAAAUCCAAACGAAGCUCUGUUUUGUAUGCAUGCAGAAGACGAUGAAGAGAAACAAGACUUUAAUAAUAGACUAAAAAAACUAUUAGAGAAACCACUGAUAGUUAAAAACUAA